GUGUACUAUAUGGUGCUGGUCGUGCUGCUGUGGACCAACCUACAGACGGAGUGGUCGCCGGAAGCCUCCCCUGACAGUGUCCUUCUGUCAGACGACAACCGACACCGUCACCUGCCAGUGGUGAGCUACCUGGCAGUGGUCAUGUGGUACCUGGCGUUGAUAGGCCUGGUCACCUGUGUCCUGCUCUUCGUCGGGUUGUGUAAGGACGUGAAGUUACUGUUGCUGCCGUGGCUGCUGGACGCCGCUAUCGUCGUCAUCGUCGACGUGGUCUUCAUCGUCUAUAUCGCCUAUCAGGAACGAUUGAACAUGGAUCCCACUGUAGCCAUCACGUUCACUAUCGACUUCUUUCUGCUGGUUUUACAUACGUACGCUCUACUCUGUGUGACGUCACAGUACCAGGAGUACCGGGACGGUCGAGGUACAGCGCGGGACGAGAGGGGCAGAUCGCCGCCUAUCAUCCGGUAUACACGUCAGUCGACCCUCAACAGCGGGGUAGAGAACACCCGGAGAACUGUCACCUUCCUGGACCACGGCGGGCUGAAUGGCUUCUCUCCAUCCCGACAGCUGUGUGCUCUGCCCGGCUCUCGCUCCCCUUCCUCAGUGUCCAAGGACAUGGACGGUGGUAAGGUUGAUGACCGGGCGCGCUCCCCCACCACCAACUUCCUGCUGCCAUCUGCACCGCCCUUCGCUCCCACACCCUCAAGGAAUGGCAAGACCCACGUUCAGUUCCUCACCCACAGUCCUGUGCCAGAGACAAAUCCAACAGAGAUAGAGAUAGAUGCAGUAACAAGUGUAUCCCUGGAAGAGACUGACAGCCCCAGGGUAGGACCCCGUGACCCUACUACACCUAGAGAGGUCACUCUCUCUUGUAUCUCCUCUUCUGCCUCAAUGGGUCCAGAGGCCACACCUCUCAUUGAGCCAGAGUCUCCUGAAGAGGUGAACAGGUACUAAAUUCUCUUUUGAUAAAGGAAAUAAACUCACUAUUAAAGUUUUCCUGAAGAAGUGGUAAGGUACUAAAGAUUUCUGUUAAGGAAUUUUUUCUUGUGUUAUAAAAAAUAUACUGUACUUCAUGCCAUGAAGUAAUUUUUGGGCAAGAAAGUUCUGUGUUUAAAUUUAAAGUGAGUGAAUGAUGAACCAACCAGUGGAAUUCCACAUGAAUGAGCAAAAAGUCAUGAAAUUCUUUAAUAAUUGCAUCAUCCCAACUGAGGUGAGUAAAGAUUAAUAUAGUUACUAGUGAGAUGCACUGUAUCAGUGUUAGGUGGUCAUAUUACAGAAGACAGCAAGAAAAAAAUUAGGGUAAGUCAAAAGUAAUUUUUUUGCUUAUAAUGAGGAUUUCCAGAAAUACUGUAACUGGAAGCCUUCAUUUAUAUUCCCAUAAAUUGCUUGUUGACAUUUCUGACAUAUCCAACCAGAGAUUCACUAGUCAUAUGUAUAAGUAAUGUUCAGUGCUGCAGUGUUUGUGCAUAAUGAAAAGUGUUGAAAAUAUUUUUAAGAUAAUCCAAGAGAUAUAUAGUAAUUAAGAAGAUUGGCUACACCUCUCAGGUAAGAGUGACGGGUCUUUUGCUGGAUAAGCAAGGGUGUCCAUGGACUAGUACCUUACAUUAGUCAGAUAAACCUCAGUUAUCUCCUCUUGAGCACAAAAUGACACACAGUAAUAGUAAUCUUUUGCAAAGCAAAUCUCAAAAUAUUUAUUGCUGCUUAUUUUUGCAAUGAUAUUAAUAUAUCAAGUACAGUGCUAAAUUAAGUGCCAAAGGAUGUACCCUUUCAUAUAUAGAAACAUAAUCAUCAGCAUUCACAGAAAAAUUUUUGUCAAACAGAUUUUAACCAUUUGGAUGUUACUGUACAAGAGUGGAAAUAUUUGCAUGGAUAUCCCAGGGACCUUGUACCAGCACCCCAUGGCAUUGACAUAAUAUGUGAAGAAAGAUGUUUUAGAAGGAAGUGUAUUACUGUACAUGUUACAUUUUAUCUGCAUUAAAAUAAGUUUACCAGAUGGUAGGCUUGUAAGCAGAAAGAAUUUAUUGAUAAGCCAAUGUCAACUUCAGAAGAAAAAUCCCAAGGCAGCUUGGUGAAAUACCUGUACACAGCUCCUGGUCUAGUUGAUGAUUGGUCUGUGGAGUUGCUCACACCAAAAGACUUUUAGUACACCUGCAUUAUAAGGAAAGGGGUCGUUACAACCUCACUCACCAUCUCAUUGAUGCCCCCGUCCCCUUUUUUUUUUUUUACAACAUUUGGGGUAGUACAGUAAUAACAAAGAGGAAUUCCAAACAUUGGUUUACUUUUAGGUAAUCCAGCAAAUUGGGUACAGUACUUAAAAGUAGCUCGAUGUUCGGGAUUCCUCUUUGGAAUUACUGUUCCGAAUGUAAAAAAAAGGUACGAGUCAUCGUUGUGUCAGUUAAUACUCCUAACAAAAACUCAUUUCAAAUUAAUUGAGUUUUUGUACAUUAAACAAAGAAAUAUUUUGUGUGUCAGGUGAAUUGUGUAAAAAAGAAAUUAUGUAUUACAAUAGUCUUGCGGAGUAGUGUAGACUCUCACAUUGUUUUUAUAUUAAUUGUAAAACUCUAAUACAUUUUGUAAACCUUAGUCUAGAAUGAACAAGGCCAAUGGAUCCUUCUAAUAGAUCAAUUCUCAUCUCCCUCAACAAGCUUCUCCAGGUUAAACUAUAGUCAAUAAGAGCCACAGCUCUCCCUGGGUACCUAAGAACAGUACAGUACUGAGCAGUUGUCAUGAGACUAAAGAAGCCCAAAUCCUGUUUGAUAGCUAGUUACCACCCAGCUUUCAAGAAUCACUUGCCAUAUAAGAAUUCAGUGUGUAAAAAUAUUGUAAUUGGAGAAAUUUUGUUUAGUGACUAAUUUAGUCCUUAAUUGUGUGAAUUGCUUCUCAAGCAUUUUGAUAGUAGAAACCCAGCAGUGCCCAUCACUGAAGAAAUAUAUCUGCCACAAUUUUUUUUUUAAUAGAAACCCAUGUGGUAGCUACUGUUAACUAAUACAGAAGAUGAUGACAUUGGUGAAGCAAAUUUUUUAUAAGUGUUGUACAUUUCUUAAUAUUUACAUGCAGUGGAAAAGAUACAAUUAUACCCAAUUCCCCCCAUUAACAUCGUUGUUAGGUUCCUGAAAAUCACGACUUUAAGUGAAAAUGAUUUUACCAUAGACACAAUGUAUAAAAAGGGGUUAUGUUCCUUGUGUACAUUUCCAGUCAAAAUUUUCUCAAGACUUGCUAAAAAUGUUUCACUUUCAGCAUUAUCACCUUGUUUUAAUGUUUCAAAUAAGCUUGGAACUUUCGCCUGUGUGGAGAGCAACGAACAUGAAACGUUGUUGAAGUUGAUCCUUGAUUCAGAUGUUCAGCAUUCUUUCCAUAUUUUCCAUUAUGCCACUUCUAUUACGAGUUAACUUUGUAGCAAAUAAUGGAAUAACACUUUGGUACACAAUUCAAUAUUUUCUGCAUUUCCACAAAUUAUUCUUACCUACAGUUGUAGGCUGCAAACUGAAUGCCCACAGCUCACUGUCCUCCUUCAAAUCUCUCUGCCACAUCUCAUUUAACUUCUUUCUGUGACCACAACCCGUAGUGGUGCACAGUGCAUGUUUAGCACUCAUUGUUCUAGGGCUCAAAUAAAUUUAUAAUUGGAUUUUACGUCAAUGUUGGAAGAGCAUCAACCAACCACCGAACAAUAACAAAUAUGGUGCCCACGCUGGUCGUUUACACAGCCAGCUGUUAUCACAAUCAGGCACUGAGUAUCUUCAUACUGAAGUUUUAAAAUUGUUGUACAUUCCUCAUUUUCGUAUAAAUAUAUAUAUUUUUUUUUUCAACAAUGUUAUAAUGAAACGACUUUGACUGAAAUGACGUUAAUGGGGGAAAUUAGUACUGUAGAUGUGUGUCACAAUACAAAAAUAAGUGGAUAUGUGUGCAAUGUACGGACAGUUGGGGACUUUUCGGCUGAUACCCUAAGCAGCCUCAGUCCACUAUCUUCGUAAGUGUGAACCCUGUGAAUAUCAACGUGUGAAUCCAAAUCCAACAAGUUAUUUGAGGAGUCGUGAGAUGCACACAGUAUCCUAGGACUAGAAUAUUUUAAAGUAGCUUGUUAUAAUUUUACUAAUUACAUGGUCCAUCCAGCAACAUUGAUACUUAAAAAGCUUCUUUGUUUAUACAGUAUAUGCUCUCAUAGAUUAAUUGGUGUAUGUAGCAAAGGAACUUAUCACAUUAUACACCUAAUCAGCAUGUGGGCAUGGCCAAGGUCAAUCACAGGUUGUAUAAUGUGAUAAGCGACAUGCUACAUCAGCUAGUUUAUGAGAGCAUAGGUAAACAAAGAAGUAUGUAAAACAUCAACGUUGCUGGACCAUGCAUUGAGUAAAUUUAUAACAAGCUGCUUUAAAAUAUUCUGGCCCUAGGCUACACUGUGCACCUCACAUCCUGUUGAAUAACUCCGAGGCUUUCGAUUCAUGAGUAGAUAUUCUCAAGGUUCACAUAGAAGGUAGACUGACGGUCCUAAGAAUUCUGCCAAAAAAGUCCCCAACUGUACAAGUCAACAUGUUUGUAUGUACUGUCAAAACAAAAUUAAUUUAUAAUCUGCUUUUGCUGUUCUUUGUAGGUAUCGACUAACAUAUUUUAUUUAUUUUUUUUUUUUAAUAGCCUUUUCCUUACCAUUACUCCACAGUCUUACACUACCCUCUUUCUGCUGUAAAUACAUCAAUCCACCAAUUAAGAUGCCCUAAACAUCUAACUCGAACAUUUAUUAUACUCAUAAACUCACUCUAUCCACCGUGUCCUAAACACCCCAUUAUAUAAAUUAACUUGCCUUAAAUGUCCCACUAUACCCUCACUCCACCAUCAUCACCUGACUAUAUCAUUCAACUAACAUAUAAGCAUCCCACUUCACACCACACUUACCCUCUUGAUUCAACCAAAACACCCCAAUCUCUCCUUAUGCAUGUUCUAAACACCCCAUUAUACAUCCCUCACCUCACCCAAAACACCCCACUAAAUGUACAUCUCAUCCAACCCAAAAUAUUCCAUUAUAUACUUUCUUUCCUCUCACCCCACCUUAAACACCCCA